AUGCUAUUCGCGCAAAAGGAGUCGCUCGGCAACAACACCAAGGUGCGGCUCAUCGGGAUCCGCGAGCGGGAGCUCGACCUCUACGUCCAGAAUCUGCGCGCGCUGGGGACCAUCGGCUCGAUCAUCGCAGGGCUCGGCUAUUUCGGCCUGCUCUACACCGACCAAGCCUACUUCAGGACCGCCGGCGAGCUGCAAAAGGGCCUCUACGUGGCGACCAACAUCCUGACGAUGUGCGUCGCUCUCGAGGUCUGCUUCGGCACGACCGCAGUCGUGAUGCUCGGCCCCGGAUAUGCGCUGCGCGGACCGGACGGCUCAAUGAACAUCGCUGUCGAUGGCAUCCUCGUGGAGCACGAGCUCGUGGCGACACUGCUUCGCGUCUCGAUUCACCUAUUCCUCCUCACCACCGUUGCCUACGCCUACCUGGAGGCGUCGCCGCACCUUUACUGCUCCCUCCUCAUCACCGCCCUCGUCGGGCUGAUUGACUUGGCGAUGGUGCGCCGCAUCACGGCGGUCGAGGCCAGCUUCCCGCUCCGCUCCCUGCCGCUCGUGUCGGGCGCCUUUUUUUACGACACCGGCGAGGCGAACCGAUUCCUUUCAGGAAGGCCGCCCUGCACCCCGACGGGUCAGCGAUAUGGACGCGGGGAGGAGACCUCGGGCCGCCUCCCUGGCAUCCUUGCGGGAGGGCGGCAGCGCACCGAGCCGUGA